AUGAAAAAGAAGAAGAUCCAGGCUCGUGUUUCCGGCGGCAUGAAUACUAACAGCAGCGCGGAGGAUCACGAAGCAGACAAUGACGACGACAGCAACGAUGAGUACACCGCGGAGAAGGAACCACAACAGAGGCUGCCCUCCCCGGCCGAAGUGAAUGACGCUGGCGUUAACGGUGGUACAGGCGGGGAAACAUGCGCACCGACACCCGCUGACAACCUCAUGUCCGAUCCCUCAGUGGCUAGGUUCGCUGCCCAAGAGGCUUUUCUCUCACAUUUUGCUUCAGCGAAGCGUACGGAGGUUGACACCACCACUCCACCUCUGUACCCACUUACCGCCUACCAACGUCAACUCUUCGAUUCUAGUAGACACCUCGAUCUGCCAAAUCCCACUGAAAUGCUCCGACUCUCGGCAACUCAAAAGGAAACCGUGCCCGCCGCCGCCACCCCCUCCUAUCCACGAGAUGUCACCUACCAGACUACAAACCCUACUGAGUCAGGCUGCGAGGCCUUCUUUACGAGGGAGUUGAAUAGUUGUUAUGACCAGGAAUGGUGUGACUUGUACCCAUCCAGAAGAUUUUUAAAUCCACAGUUAUCCUACCCCUCCCGCCCACCGUCGUCAGAAUUGAAGACAGAACCUGCUUUUCCCCCAACUCGCGAAUCCCUCGCCGACUACUCCCGAGAUUUUGGACAGUCUAGUCUAAGUGAGUAUCCAUACUCUCAGAAGCAUACCCUUCAAUCGCUUGCAAGCAGUGCGGUUCCCGGCUUCAUUGAUAGCAAUCAAGCGAGCAGUGGAAGCCAGAGUAGCAGUCCUUCCGGGAUUGGUGGUGUUGGGGUGGUCGGUGCAGAGUUUGGAACUUCGAGGUCCUCUUCUCAGGUCUUCGGUACUUCACAUUAUUCACAUUGCCCCUCAAUCAGGCCGUCAAACAAUCAUGUGACGGAAGAAGGUCUCGGCAGGUAUGCAGCAAUGUUUUCCAGCCUGCUCAAUCCGAACACUUUUGAAACUGGUCGAACUGAAAGUCAAACCCUUCCGCCAGGUCAAGAACCCCAACCCCGGUCAUGUGAGCCACAACACCAACGGCGACGGCAGACACAAGCCCAUGAGUCCUCGACCUACCCCCUUGCCAACUCCGAAUUUUAUUCCCAAUAUAUGGCCCAUGGCUACUCCCAGUACCCUCAGGCCGAAACCAACACAAUGUUCUCGGAGGCUGGGGUUUCUCCGUCUGCUGCUCCAAUGGAUCCGAUGCAACAGUACUGUGCACCCUUUUACGAAGCACCGACUUCAAGCCCCCAGAGACACACUGAGACGAUGGCGCUUCCGGCCUACCAAGCGAUGGGGUUCGGUGAACAAAAUUUACCCUGUCCUUCUGUCUGUGACUAUGCCUCUGUCUUUUCCCAUGUCUAUCCUCACAAUAAGCCAGAGGAUAACGAUUUCGGACCAGUCAGCAUGUUCCCACCAGCAUUUACUGCGACGAAUGGUGUAUCGUUGGAAUCAACACUGAAAAUAGCUUGA